UUCGGUCGAGAUGUUCUGCCCCAGUCCUCAUACUUAUCCAGUACGCUCAGCAGGCCGUUGAGCUGAUCUCUUACUUCCACCCAGAUUUCCCGCCAUUUAUACAACUCUCGACCUUGAUCAUAAGAGGAACGGGGCAAAAGUUCCAAACACUGAAAAUGGGAACUCUACACUUCAAUUUCCCGGCAUUCGUUAACCCAAUCAGCAAUCAAACUAGUAUGCACAGAUUCGCAAAGAUUGAAUCGCCAAAACCUAAUUUUCAAUUUUGGCGCUAUCACAAAAUUGGCGUUAGAAUUUCCAAAUUCUCCAGAAAAUAUUUUUACUCGAAUUCUCAGAGCGAUGGCGUAGAAGAUCAGCAGAGUUCCAUUCAAGAGCUAAGGGUUCCGACCCAUUGGUUGGAGCCUUCAAGAGCCUCAGAGGAAGCAGAGUGGCUCAGAGUAACACUUCACAAAUGGUUGGACGAUGAGUACUGCCCAGAGGCCACUAAUGUAGAAAUAAGCAGAGUUGCUGCUGCUUCGUUCUACAAAUCACUGGUGGAAAAAAGAGCUGAGUUGGGGGAGAUUCUGCUAAAAAUGGCUGUUGAGUUGGAGUCUAUAUCCUACCAAGAAAGCUUUCAUGGAGCAUUCUCCUCAGCGAACGCAGCAGUGAAUCUUAUUGUUGAACGGAUAUUGCAGGAGUAAUUGCACAAGACAAAGGUUCAGCCCUUAUCCUGCAGCUUUUAUCAUUUCUUAUUUUCGAGUAAAUUAACAUAUAGUAGACUAGUUCUUAUUUUCAAGUGGAUGUAUCUGAUUUUUUAUCA